CGAAAACUUUAAGAACUGCUCGUCUAUGUAACGUCUGAAUUCGUUGGUAAUAAUAUUACAUCGUGCCUCUACCCUCCCUAGAUCUAACGACUGAUCCGAAAACUUCCAUUUCUAUCGGAGAUUGUCUAUAGAAAAUGAUUGCCGAGUGUUCGUUUAGCGUUUGGUAUCCGUUGUUCGGCAAAGAGUCAUUGGAGGCUGUCACCGUUCCGAUACCAGAUGAGGUUAUGGCGUACCUGGAGCAUGAGUCGUUUCGAUUACCUGUAGAGGCGCGAAAUUAUUCGAAAUCAUGCAGCUCGAGAUGGUCCGACGGUACUUUGGUACUACCGAAUGACAACGACGACGUUCACCUAGACCAAGCACAAUUUACGAAUGAUUUAAGCGAGCCGUCUUAUCCGAUGUUCAGCAAUCAAAUUAAGGAUGUCCUUAACGAAUUUGGUGCAGUGUUUGUUAAAUUGAACUGGAGCGCACCUUUGGAUGCAGCAUGGGUCGCCCCUACAAAAACACUAAGAUGCACAACCUUGGAAGAAAUCUAUCUAUUGCUCAAAAGUUCAGAUCGAUUGGUAAAAGACCUGAAUCAGCUACAAUCCUUAAAGGAUAAGAAGGUGAAUGUGCCACCCUGCCUGGUCUUGAAGAAAUGGCGUGAAAUAAAUCCCUGUACAGAGUUUCGUUGCUUUGUGAUAAAUGGCGAGCUUGUUGGAAUUUGUCAGCGAGACCUAUCGCAAUAUUAUCUGUAUAUCGAAACGGAGAAGUAUGACAUACGCCAGGAUAUCAAGAGUUUAUUCCAUGAACGGAUAAAGAAGAGAUUUGAAUCAUUGACAAAUUAUGUAUUUGAUGUGAUUCGUCACAAAAAAGAUCAUGUCAAAAUAAUCGAUUUUAGUCCGUACGUCCCAGGUAGCACAAAGACCCUGCUAUUCAUGAAGGAAGAACUUAAUGGACCCAUUUUCAAUCCCCCAGAGUUUCGCCUUAUUGGUGAAAAUGUUGCAAUUCAACCUAAUAACGCAAGCACUUUUUGCAUUCCAAGAGAAAUCAACGAGUUCUAUCAGACCAACAGUUCACAGUCUAUGAUGGAUAUCAUUCAGCAAGGUAUGGUUAACAUCUUAACUAACCAAAAGAACUAAACAGCUGUUGAACUCAACAGGAAGUUCACAAUCAGAAUGAGCUGUGUGAAAUGAAUAAACAACCAAAUCGAUCUACUGAUGAGGAUUACCAGUGAUGGAAGUACGAAGAUUUUGUCUACUAUUACUGUUUACGCCUAAAGUGCAAUUACUUACCCAUUAUUACCAGUUAUAGGUAAAUGUUGUGACAGUUAUUCAUUAAUGCUGCGGCUAGCCACUUCAUCUCUUGUAAGUCUGCAUCUGCCAUUGACUGACAUACAUUUUUCUUAUUGUGCACAGUUUUUUCACUCAAUGUAGUCGAUUAUUUUUCACUGAAGCUCAAAAAUCAUUAUUUUCAAAAUGUUUGCUCAUUAAGUUAAUUACUUAAUUGUAUAAAAUACACUAUCAUUGACUCUGCUCAAAUAGUGCUUGAUUCAGCGAACAAGAUGUUAUGUCAUACUUUCGGCAGAUUCAUUCAUAGAAUAAUCGAAAUACCUGUUGUAUGUCAUCCACUGUUGGCAAUUACAAUAAUAUAAUGUUUUAUGUACAGAAAUAUGUGAAAAGAAUUAAUAAAUCUGACUCUGUUGUAAUAUACUUAUUUUCAAGUGUUUACGAUUACGCUCAACCUUUGUUCUGCCAUCCUACAUUGUGCUCAGAUUACAAAUACAUACAAGCUAAUAGAGAAUGAGUUCUAUGAAGCUACCAUAUAGA